AUUUUCGAAAUUGUUCACCAUUGCAUGCGGGGAGCCAGGACUGAAUUAAGCUCAAUAUGAAUUUGGGAGGCACAGUGCGGAUCAGCAGGUGUGGGAUGCUCACUCUGUUUGGUCUCUGUGUGCUCAUUAUUGUCUAUUAUGUGGCCACCAACCACCAGGUCAAGGGCAGUCUGGCAAACACACUCAAAAGUCAGCUUCGAUUCAAUAAAAAGCCGCAGGACAAGUUUGUCGACAUGGGUCGGCUGCUGGCUGUGGCCAUUGAGGUCGCCGAGCGCGGUGGCAGCGUGGUGAAACAGGUCCGCCGCGACUCGGACCUCAACCUGAAGAGCAAGGGCAAGACGCGCGAGGGCGUCAUCAACCCAGUGACUGACGGCGACAUGCGCUCCCACUACGAGAUGUACUUCGGACUGAAGAAGAUGUUCCCCCAGCUGACGGUGAUCUCUGAGGAGCACAUGCACCCGAACGCGGCGCACCCGGACAUCCUGCCCAUCAGCGGCCGUAACGCCGAGGUGGAGCGGCUCACCAUCACGGAGCUGGACGACCCCGUCCAGAUGGACGACAUCACCGUCUGGAUCGACCCGCUCGACGCCACCAAAGAGUACAGCGAGAACAAGCUCCAGUACGUGACGACCAUGGUAUGUGUGGCGGUGCGCGGCGAGCCUGUGAUGGGCGUCAUCCACCAGCCGUUUAAACAGGACUCGGGAGUUACCUACUGGGCCUGGGCAGAGCGCGGACACUCGCAGACACUCCAGCUCGGCAAGCAGCCGGAGUUCACAUCGAGCCAGCUGCCCGACCCCCUUAAGGUGUUGGUGUCGAUGUCUCACACGGGAGGCAAGACUGAGGUGUUUGCCAAGAAGGCGUUUGGCGAGAGCACCAAGAUCGUCCCGGCAGCCGGAGCCGGCUACAAAGCUCUGGCGACGCUGUGGGGUGAAGGCGAUGUAUACCUGCACACAACUCUCAUCAAGAAAUGGGACACGUGUGCGCCGAACGCCAUUCUGCGCGCCAUGGGCGGCAAAAUGACGACACUGAGCGGCCAAACCAUCAACUACGCCGCGCGAGAGGAGGACAAGAAAGAGAAGAUUGAGGACGGCCUGCUGGGGGCUGCCUUCUUCCAUAAUCUUCUUCUGGAGAAGGUGAAAAAGGCGCAGCAAACGUAGUACGCUUAGCGAAGUUUUAUGUAUUAGGGAUGGGAAUGCUGAUACUGGUGUGACUAUUUGACUGAGUGUCUGCUGUUUUACGUUCCGUGACAUUUUCGGGCGGGGUGAAGUGUAGUGCGAGGGAAUCAUGUCUGUUCAUGUGCACGAUCAAAGACUGCCUUCAAGGCACAGUGCGUUCGCGAUCGGUAAUGGCUGUCGUGUUCACGAGUGUCUCAAAUGGUAGCCGUAGUCUCACCUCUGCCUGUCGGCAUGGUCACAAGCCGGGACUUUGGAGGAAGGCCCGUUGUAAACCAGGGCAGUGUUUCACGGCCGCUGGCAGCACGCUGCCAGCGCAUUUCGCGAGCUGACGUCACAGUUUGUGGUAGUGUUAUAGAUACGAGUUUGUUGUUUCCAUGGAAACCCAAUUUGACACGUGGACUGGUAACGUGCUGGCAGCUGCCGUGAAACAGGGCCCAGACCCUUACCGGCGCUGCCAUCACAGCGGAGGAGCGGGGGCUGGUACAGAGGCAUUUACACGGCCAGUCGCUGCAUCUGGACACAGGGCCACGUCUUUAGCGGGAGCGACUGCUAUGUCUAACGCGGCCGUCCGUCAGACCCAGCUGCGGCAACUGUCCGUGCACAGGCAUCCCUCGUCCGUCAGGCUCCGGCCUCCACGCUCACCGUUGGGAUGUUAACAGCUAUUAUCGGGCCCUGUUUCACGGCACGGCGUUACAGUGCGCUACUGUAUUAGUGCGGCGUUUGAGGCGAAUUCGCCUCGACGCUCCAGCGUUGCGAGAGCCCGAGUUUGUUAAUGUUUCCAUGGAAACCCAAUACACCGAUAUGCGUAGCGCGCUGUAGCGCCGUGCCGUGAAACAGGGCCCGGGUUACGGCCACCAGGCCGUGUGGCUACUGUGUCUGCGGGCGGCUACCGUCA